AGGGCCUGAGUUGAACUUGAUUGCCCCCUGUACCUAGCCUUGGAUCCUGUUACAUAGAGAGCUGCCGAACACAUUUACCAACACGCUGUAACAUACUGCAGAGUGUAUGUUCAAGUACACCCCUCAUUGGCAGGUGCUGUGUAGCAGCAUGGAGCAUGAGACCAAGAGACUCUCAGUUGCUGCAUCUGAUGAUUACCAGGAUGUGUUGACCCAGAAUGAGGGAGACCUGAUAGGGUGCCACUCUCUCCUGCUUAGUGCCUCAGAAAUCUCACUGUCUACACAGGAAGACAUGACAACCCAAGGAACCACAGACAGCAUACCCAGAAAGUGGCUGCUGCAGCCCAUGUCACCUAAAUUGGAGCAGGCAACAGAUCUUCGCACCAUGCUCAGCCCCACCACGGACGAGCCCUUCAGCCUGGACCGGAGCUGGACCUACAACAGGAAUGGCAACUCUUCUGCUUUCAGUUUCGACAGCAUCUCCGUAAACCACACCCGGUCCACAGUUGUCGUAUCUUCCCAGCAAAAAGAGGUGCAGGCCAGGCAGGUGGUGGUGUCGGAGGAAAACUGCGGCAUCACCAGCGAAGACUGGCAAGCCAGCAGCUCUAGCAGUCCCAGCAGCACGGGCUCCUACUGCGGGUUCUACUCAUUCGUGGACAAUCCUGCAAGCCCCGAGGCAGAGCUGAAUGAAGCCUGGACGUUGUCCCCGGAAAGGCAAGCCACCCUGAAAGAGGAGCGCAGCUUCAAACUGCAGACAUAUGUUGGUGGGAAGAAGCCAGGGAGUCUGUUCAAGGAGGACAAGGACUCCCGCUACCAGGUGGAAACAGACAACGGUGCCCAAUUGAAGGCAGAGGAGGAGGAGAAGAAACUUAGGAAGGAGAUCAUGCAUGGUCAUGCCCCCCCAAAAACUGCCACCUACAGGGAACAGUGGAGUGCACUGAGCUUGUCACCCAACAAGCUGCUGGAAGGGUUCAGCUUGUGCUAUGGUCCAACCAGUAGUAAAUCUGAGCCCACACCAGCAGCCGAGGCUGGUACCAUCGACAAUGAGCAGAUAAACUUCAGCGCAGCGCGGGAACAGUUCAUAAAGAUGGAACAGUCCAGGCUAAACCCCUUUCUGCAGAGUCCCAGCUCUCUAAAACCACAAGGAAGACGGUGGCAGUCAGAAGACAGCUUGUUAUCACCAAAGAGUGCAAAAAAAGAAGACCACUCUACAGUAUGGUUGAACCAAAGUCGGACCCCAGUGAAACAGCAGGAUGAAGGGGAAGUCGUCACUGCCGGAAAGGUGACAGUGUACCGCACAGAGGAGAAGGUAACCAAGAGCCAGGGUAGUCUGCUUUAUGACCUUGACUCUGGACUGGAGGAUCUAUCGGGGGACCCCAGUGUUGGCUACACAAGUGAUGUAAGCAUAUCCAAUGACAACUCUCAACCAGAAAGCAAGGCCACCCAAUCGGUAAGUGGUCACAGAGAGACGCCCAUUGAGAGGGAGAUUCGUAUCACUCAGGAGAGAGAGGAGAGCCUUCGGAAAUUGCGGGGAAUUAAGCACACCGAUGUCCAGGAGAUGGUGGAGAUCAAGACCAAGUAUCUGCUCUCCCAGCCUGCACCACCACGGACACCUGUCAGGUCCAAAGAGAAUAAUCGGGUGAGCUUCUUCAUCCAGCGCGAGAUUGAAAAGGACAGCCAGAGGGAAGUGGACCUGAUGCACCAGGGGAGAGUCCCAAGUCUGUAUGACAGGGGAACUCCGCAGGAACUGGAGGAUAGGAAGAAGAUCUUUGAGCUGCCAGACCAACCUGGAGCCAAGGAGAAGAGGAAAAGGGCUUGGUCUUCACCCAGGGUCAAUGUGAGGAGUAGCAGCUCAGAUAGGGAAGGCUUCCCUUCCACGUGCUUCCCUAACCAGCACUCAGAAGAGACAGAGUUGUACAUCAGCCACAUGAACACCGCUCCAAGCGUCAAUACCACCAGCAAAUGCUGGGGUUCAGAUUCCCAAGACUUCUCCAGAGUACUACCAAGUUGCCUCCCAGAGGAGAGUGUUACAUUGAAAGGCCAUGAGACCACAAAGGCGGCAAGCUCUAAAGUCACAAUAGUGGUGAAGACGACAAGUACUAGCGAAAUAGUAAAUGACCCAUUGUGGUUAGAGCGAAGAAAGGAGCCAGUUCCAGCCAAAAGCUCCUCAGCUAAAGAAGCCUCCUUUUCGUACUCUCCGUCCUCCCCUACACCCACUGCUUCUGCAGUUCAGGGGUCUGAGCCAAAUGAUAAGCUUUCUCAAACCUGGAGGACGCACCUGAAUUCUGGUAGCCCGAGACCUCAAAGACCAAAUGCUCCAGAUGUUAUCCAGAAGGAGAUUGAGCAGGAUCUAAAACGCGAGCAGGAGCACCGGGAACUCCGGGAAUCCUGUGGCCUGUCCACCUCUAUGGAAGGAAACCUGGACUGUGUAGGACGAGACGCUAAAGACACACAUCAAUCGCAAAGCCUGCAAAGGGUCAUCGUGGAACAGGAAGACUCUGUCUUCUAUGAGAGCCCUUCACUUCUUGUAGAGCAGACAAGCUUGACCAGACGGCCCUCUUCCUUUAUCACUCCAGUAUCAAUGCUAGAUAAAACAGACAGCGCAGCUCCCUUUUCCCCUUCCAUUCGUCCCACUGCCCGACUUCCCUCCUUUUCCAUAGUGACCGCCCAGCCAUGGGGCUGUCCAAGGCCCACCUCCCCCGUGGAUAGCAGGGUUUCCCCCAUGCUGCCUGCCAGCCCAUGGGCAGAGACAGGUGGCUCCCCUGGGACACCCACACAAAAGGGCCUGACCGAGACAUUGCUAGAGGAUUUUGAGGAGAGGAGAGUCAAACUGAAGCUGGAAGAGAACGCUUAUGCAGGAAUUCAGUGCAUUGAUGAUGUGAAUAAUGAGGUCUUGGAGGCCACCCGGAUCACCAGGCACAAAAACAAGCGGGCACUGCGCUGGGAGGCUGGUGACUACACCAACGAGUACCAGUCCUCUCCCCUGGAGGGCAUGGUGAGAGAGGGCAGAAAGGAGAAGAGAUGAAAAACAGUCAUCUUAGGGUUGUCCCAUCUCAGCACAUAUGAAUAUACUCUCUGACUACACACUACCAAACCUGCUGGACAUAUUGAUUGGUCCCCUUUGUGAUAAACUCCUCAUCCAUCAACAUCAGCCACCUACUAGAGCAGGUGACCUUCCACGAUUUAAAAAUAAAAAAGACAAGUGAACUGAAAAUAAAAUUCUGGACAAGUUUUAAAUGCCAUCGGAGGUGGAUUGCAAACGGAAGGGAAUUUAAGAGGAGUUCUGUGCCUGCUAAGAAUGCACAUCAGCGUAUGAGUUAUUUUUAAGUCUGGCAGUCACUGGCUGCUAGGUAACUUUGAUUAGGCCUAUCCGCCUUCAAAUGACUGCAUAGAAAAUAAAUGACAGAGCUAUUUUUGUCUUGUCAGUUGUGCUUUGCAAAGCAAAAACAAGCAAGAAACCAUCAUCAGAUAUCCAUGAUGUAUGGUUAUAUGGUUCAAAUUUCCAAACCAAUAUCCAAUCCAAUGAAGCACUUGCAGUACCGUCUUCUAGAAAUGUUGACAUUUGUCUGAUUAUUAUAUUAAUUAAGAGCUACAGCAGAUAGCAGUAUGUUUGUGUUCUUAAUUUGACUUGAAUGUGCUUUGACAGCAGAAAUUAGUAUAAAACUUCUGACCUAAACGGGUCAGGUCCUUAUUGCCUUUCUUAGGGCUCGAUUUAAUCCGUAUCACGUAAAAAUCUGCAAUGUAGCGUGAUUGAAAUUGAAAAGGCAAUGUUAACGCAGUCAACUGCAUUCACAGUAAAUGCUGCACAUGUCGGCUCAACCGGAAAUGACGGUACCUUUACAUUUUAUUUGUGCCAUCUUCUGUGACAUGGAUUGAAUCGAGCCCUUGUGAGAUAUGUACAGUUAGAAAGAUUCCUUGCUUACCAGUCGGCUACUGUAAAUGACAAACAAGUUUGAUCACACUCUAAACCUGACUGUUUGCAACAUGACAAGACGUGCUUUUUAUAUAGACUAUUGUAAGAGAUACUGAUGAAAAUAGGCCAGGUAAUGUAGAUCUUAUAAGAGAUUCAACUCUGCUACAUUUGGUGGCAAUGGUGGGAUCCACUACUUAUAAAAGCGGUGACGUCAAAUCGGAUGCAAUGUGGAAGUUGAUCAAGUGAAUCUCAAACUAUCAAAUGGGGUAACAUGUCGCCAUCUGCUGGGUAGACAAUUGAACUGCUUGUAGGGGAUUUGAGAGUGUCGCUGUAAAGUUAAAACAUAUUUAAUCCCCAUUUACACCUUGCAUUAACAUGAUAGUCCAAUUGUAGGAAUACAUCUCAUCUGAAAAAAGUAGAGAUGAGUUGUACUUCAUGGGUUUGAAGGACAAUGAUGUAUCCCAAUUUCACCCGCAUUCAUACAUCAGAGUGCCUGUACCCUUGUACCCCCCCCCCCCCCCCCCCCCAUGACCUUCCCCUCUAAUUUGUUUGAGAAAGAAGAGAGAUGACACAAGGAAUUGAGGAGAGACUGCAGUCGAUUUUAUAAGCGAGUCAAGUCUAACGGAUCUACAAAUCACCUUGCAUCAUAAAUAACUACAAUUGUUUUUUCAGUCGGUCAUAAUUAAGCUAUGAAAAAAAUCACAGUUUUGAUGCUCUUGAACACAGCCAAUAAUUUCGUUUCUCAUUCCAGCCGGGAUUCAAUCCGACCGUAUAUGGUCGAUCGACAAUGCAGCUUUAAAAGUUAGAUGCCGAUUGAGUCAUUGCAGCUUUGCCCGUGAAUAUUAUCUCCACGAACGCAGGAACAUUGCCUUUAAAAUCUGCAAUGCCUCGAACCCACGAUUGGAUAGAAUCCCGACCUCAAAUGUUUGACAGCCCUGGCAGAACGAAUGUGAUUGGUUGGAUGAAAGCUCAGUGCGCAGAGCUAAGAGUGACAGGUCAGUAGAUGGUUUACAGGUAAGAGUCAAAUAAAGAAAAGGCGCAGGGAGGGAGGUUGGAGGGCGCAAGGUCGCCAGUUUAAAUACCAUUGUGGCUUUUGUUUCCCAACCUUAAAAAUACUUAACUAAUCACAUUUCUAAUCUACUGACAUUCUAAAUGACUUGACAGCUUCAUAUGUGAAAAGAAAGAGAGGCACCAAUCCCCAUGCUGGUGCAGUGGACUAGGCACUGGGAAAGGGACCAGAAGGUCACAGGUCCUAAUCUUGCCUCGCUUUCAUAGAUCAAAUAAAUUUGUUCUAAACUA